UUGGUGGGAAACUAUCGAAACGACUCUCUCGUGUGUUUUUCAUUUUCGUAUUACGUGCAUGACAGUUAUUCUGGGCCAUUAAAUAUUUACCAAGAAUAUUUUCACAAUGGAUACAAUCCCUUACUGUGGUCAUUAAGUGUUGAUCAAGGAACUAAGUGGAAAAAAGGCCAAGUCACAGUUAAUUUUACAAUGGGUCUAUCUAGGUUAAUCGUUGAAGCUGUUUUGAGGCAUUACUACAACUUUGUAGCUAUCGACAAUCUUGCUUUUGCUCCAGGAAGCUGUGACACAAUACCAAAGGUGGCCAUUCCUAGCAAUGCUUUUGAUUGUUCAAUUGGUUCAUUCUUUUCCUUUAAAAGUAAGAAAUGUGAAAAAUGUCCCAUCUAUACAUAUCAACCAUAUCCAAAUCAAACUCGUUGUCUUCCCUGUAAUGAGAGUAAAGGUACCAUCAAUGUUGGUGCAGUGAGUGAACGAGAAUGUAUAAAAGUCAAAAGAUGUGAUUUUCAAAAGGGACUGGGAACUACUGAAUGUCCAUGGCACAACGUAGAAGGUGACGAUGACUUUGACUGGAAACUUCGUACAUUAAACUCAUCAUUUUAUGACCCACCACGCUAUGAUGCUACAGGCUUCAGUAUUGCUCUCGACAAUCUUGCUUUUGCUCCAGGAAGCUGUGACACAAUACCAAAGGUGGCCAUUCCUAGCAAUGCUUUUGUUAACUUACAUAAUGGAACAGAAAAUAUUGAAUACAAUAAAUAA